AUGCAAGGAAAAAGGGAACAAAAUUUCACGCAGAUCCAACAAUUCCGUUUCAACGUGAGAUUAUGCAUGGAAAAUCGUCGUAAUGUUUGUGAUUCAGAAAUCAAAGGCGAGUGCGAAGAUCGCCCCGAGAUGCGAGAAAACAAUUUCCGCAAGUCAAUCAAAUCGAAUGAGGUGAAUGAACACACAAAAGAAUCACAAGCGGUUAGUGUCGUGUGGGGAAUUAAAAUCACCGAAAUAAUAAAAUAUAACGAGAAGACUUUAUUCACUGGAUGA